AAGUCAUUCGGCAUUGACGACCAUUGGCGACAACAAAAACGAAGUUUAACAAGCCUCAAAGCCUCAAAAAGCCAGAAAAACGAGUACAAUGGAGACUGUUCGGCUGUUUAACGCAGAGCUGCAAAGCUUGUACGAAAUCACACCCCCGAUAUCAAAACAAAAAAUGGGCUCCAUUACCCGGACAGCGAUGAAAUCUAUAAAAUUCUAUAAGCAUGUAGUGCAAAGUGUCGAAAAGUUCAUUCAAAAAUGUAAAACUGAAUACAAAAUACCCGGAUUGUAUGUGAUAGACUCGAUUGUCCGUCAAUCAAGACACCAGUUUGGGCCAGAGAAGGAUGUUUUUGCUCCCAGAUUUGCCCGAAACAUGGAGACUACUUUUGCCCACUUAUUCAAGUGUCCGCCAGAAGAUAAGAGUAAAAUCAUCAGAGUGCUAAAUUUGUGGCAGAAAAAUAGUGUUUUUCCACCCGAAACAGUCCAGCCGCUCUUUGAUUUGGCAAAUCCAGAUCAUCCGUUGCACCAAAGUCAAGCUUUGGAAGCUGCAAACAACUCCAUGGAUCAAAGUCUUCAGUUGGGUCCAGGAGACGAAUUGUUAGCUGGACAAGACAAGAGCAAGCCAUUGGAUCAAAAUACCAUUCGACAAUUGCAGCAAUUUCAACAAAUGCUAAUGCGUCAAACAUCGGGUGAGAACUCAUCGGUGAAAUUCAACAAGAAUCUUCUCGACUUUGAUUAUGGGGAGGAUGAAGAAGAUCAUGGUGCCCAUAGCUCGUCGCCUCACGCUUCAAACGCCAUACCAGAUCCUAAAAGCUUAACACAGAUUUUAUCAGAUCCCAAUAUUGUAAAGCACCUUCAAAAUAUUCAAAUCUUAAAACAGAACGAAAUGGAAAAUCAAAAAAAUACAAAGCUAACUGAAAUGAGGUUGCAAGAGGAAAAAUUUGAAAAACAUUUAGCCACUGUCUUAAAAAAACUUCCAUUUGCUAACGAAUGUGAUCUAAGCAAACAAUCGACAAAUGAUUAUUCUUUGCAGAGUCAGACUACUUACGGAAUGGGAUCGAGCGCCUAUAACACCUUACAAUACGUUCAAAUGCAAGCAGAGGCAGGGAAUAUGCCAGAUACCGAUCCAGAGGUCCAAUUUGUGUCAAGCAACGACAAGGAUGAAGUUAUAAACUUAGAUGCCAAUGAGUCUAGAUCUUCGUCUCCGAGGCAUGAUAGGUACCGUCGCCGAAGAUCACGUUCAAGGUCUAGAGAUCGCUCCAAACGCGAUCGAAGAAGACGCACUCUCAGUAGAAGUCGUAGUCGUUCACCAAGACGUAGCAGAAGAUCCAGAGAACGUGAACGAGAGCAUGAAAAAGAACGCAAACGAAAAGGUUUACCCGACAUAAAGAAAGAUCAUUUGAGCGUUUGCAGUACGACAUUAUGGGUUGGUCAUCUAAGCAAAUUAGUUCAACAGGAGGAACUAUCUGAUACUUUUGGAAAGUAUGGCGAUAUCGUCAGUAUUGAUAUGAUUCCACCGAGAGGUUGUGCUUUUAUUGUCAUGCAUCGUCGACAGGAUGCAUACAAAAGUAUGCAAGCUCUCAAGGGUUACAAAAUGCAUAAUCGUGUAAUUACAAUUUCCUGGGCUGCUGGCAAAGGCGUAAAAAGCAAAGAGUGGAAGGAUUACUGGGAUAUUGAUUUGGGAGUCAGUUACAUACCAUGGAAUAAAUUGACCAAAACCACUAAUUUUUCGGAACUCGAAGAAGGUGGUAUGUUUGAUGAGGAGACUAUGCCAUCAUGGCUUAAGGAUAAACUGAAAGAGCAACCUGCAAAAGAAGAGGGAGAAAUGGCGAUGCCUCCUAAUCCUUUAAUGUUUGGAGUUCCUCCAGCAAUAGACACUAGUCAACCGCCUCCAGCUCCAGCUUUGAUGAUACCGAAUUUCCCGAUGACUCCUGUUCCUAGACUUAUAACACCAAUGGGAAUUCCCGUACCCAUGUUGAAUAUCCCACCUCCUCACAUGAUGAUGUCCAAUCCAGCAUCCGCUUUAAUGCCAUUGAAUCCAUUUUCUGCGCCACCUCCUUCAUUCAACGCUCAACUGUUUGGUAACUCAGUUCCAGUUCCAAUAACCAAUGCCACAGAUGAUCAUAUGGAUAUUGAAGGUGAAGAAGAGAUGUCUAACAACAGCAAUAAACCUCCCGUGAAAUCGCACGAUGGUGGUUACAAUGCUGGUGCAAAUCAAAAAUCUUAUAAUCAAUUGCAAAUGGGAGGUGGUCAAAGAAAUGACGAUCGAACUCGAGACCAACAAGGUAGAAGAGACAACUCUGAUCGACAUGAUCAUCGGCAUGGCAACAGAUUCAACUCAGCAGAACGUGAGGACUCCUACGAAAGGGACAGCAGACGACCAAGAGGAUUGAGAAAUUCAGGAGGUCCUAUGCGGCAUGACCGGGAAAGACCGUUACAGGACCGUUUAAGAGACAUGGCUGGCAACAAUGGCACUCCAGGUGGUCGUUAUGGUCCACGUGGUGAUAAUCGUGGAAAUUAUCGCAAUGAAAAUUAUCAAGGGGCAAUGCAAAGAAAUGAUUUCAACCGUGGUGAUGAUGGCUAUGAUCGUCGAAAUUUCGGAGGUAAUAGAUUUAACAAUAAUAUGCCUCCUAUGCGUGGGGGACGGGGUGGAAAUCAAUUUGGAUCGAGAAUGCAGUCCAAUUAUGGCCCCAGACCAGGGUUUCAACGAUAUUCAAUGUACGACGAGGAACGUAAUAAUCGAGGUCCAGAUAGACGUAAACAGUGGAAUGACGAUAUGGAAGAAAGACCUGAUCGAAAUUCUCCAAAAUAUGAAAAGAAACAAGAUGAGGAAGAAACUUGGGACAAUGAAGCAGAGCCUCGAUGGAAUGAAAAUGAGUCUCAAACUAAUGAAGAUUGUUCAGCAUCCGCAAAUUCUUCAAAUAAAAAUGACACUAAUGCAAUGAACGAACCUCAAGAUGUACCUCAGUCAGAGGAGCUGCCUCAAGAUCAGCAAGAGUCAGUUGUGCAUUCAGAUAACAACGUGGCAAACCAGAUGCAAGAGGAAAAUGUCGUCAUGGAGGAAAAUGUACCACAAGACACAAAUGCCAGUGAAAAUAUGGACAACAAUCAAAAGGAAAACACAGAAACGCAAGAAGGUGGAACAACACCCUUGUUUGACGAGUGAACUUUAUUUUCUACAAGUCAAACAAUAUUUAUAACGUUAAAAUUUACAAAUCUGACAAACAAAAUGUCUAUAACACACAAUAUCAGAAAGUUAUUUUUUAAAAAGUAUGGCUGUGAUAAAACUAGAUAGGGUAGCUUAUGUCUGAUUUUUAAUGUAUGUCUUCAAACUUUUUUUUUUUUAGUUAAGUUUAGUGUUUGUGUGAAAAAAUAUUGGUUACGAAUUUUCCAAUUUGUAAAAUAAAGCUCUUAAAACAACUACAAAAAAGAGAAAAUAUGAACAUAGUAAUCACCAUACAUAAUUUUUGAUAUGAUUUUACUACCCUAUUUAAGAAAAGAACGUGGACAAGUUAAAAUAUCACAGCCAGGUUAUCAAUUUCCAAAUUUUAAAGAGGAUUCACACGGUGCUUUCUUUCGAAUUUGAAAGGAAGUGCAAGGUAUAGUGACUUUAUUAUAUUAUUAUUAUUAUUAUCGAUAUUUUGAUAUAUGAUUAUUACUCAUUCGAUUGAUUAUUGAAAAUAUAAAUUCUUACAAUAUAAAUAUUUUAAAAUUGAAAAACAUGCGUAUUUAUAAAAAAAAAUAUCAAAUUUAAUUUUUGAAAUUUUCGAAACUUUU